AUGACUGCGGCUCACUCCGGCAGCUCCCCGCCAAAGUCCUUGCUCGUCCAGGGUGCGCUCCGCCUUUUCCGUCUCACCUCGUGCCCUCUGGACCCCUCUCUAGCGCCCUUUGCCCGAGAACUAGGGGGAAGGCGCCUGACACCAGAGACAGGACUUGAAUCGGAUUUCGGGCGCGGCGGCCCGGCCAGCCCACGUCCGCAGAGGGCCGCGGCCGCAGAGGCCCAAUCGCUUCCGAGUCCUUUUUUCCUCUGGCACCGCCCGAAAGCUCGGGAUUGGGUGGGUUGGACGGGAAGGGAAAGUACAGGGCCGCGGGAAGCCAGAACUCCGGAAGCAAACUCGGAUUGGCGGCCCGAGCCACCGCCCCGGAAGUUUUUAGAGGCUGCGGAAGCCUCGAGCCUCCUCCGUAGGAAGUUUCCGAGAAAGCGGAAGUUGCGGAGUUUCGCUGCCAGUAACCCGGAGGAGGGAGGAGGGGAUAGGCCCGCUUUGCUCUCCAGUUUUCGCGACUGUUCCUCCUCCGGGUCCUUUUCGCCGCUUCCUCGCUUCCCGCCCGCUCUCCCUUCUCUCGCGGUGGGCAAAGCGAAGACUCCUUUGAAAUACAAGCAUAGUCUUGGGGAACCGCCUGAACUUCAUGAAAUAUUUCUUACUUUGCCGUUGCACCCCUGCCUCUACACUCGAGUCAAACGGGGCAAGAACACCACCUCUGUGCCCCGGGCACAAGCCGUGCUCCAACCUACACCUCGCCCCGUGCCUGCUCGUGGAAUAUCCCGCUUGCUCCAAGCUUUGGCGCCGCCUGCCAGAGAAAGCCGAGCCGUUUCAGAUUCCCUUAUCGGUGUCCCUGGUGUUUUCCUGCAGGAGAAGGCUAAGCCCCUCGUGGUUCUUGCGUUCCUAAUCUCCAGGGUCUGUCAGUUUCUCCAUUUUAGCACGUUCGUUGUGAGCAGCCCAGCUAAACUUCCUUGAAAUUCUCUUGUGUUUUCCCUCUCGGGUUGAAAUUAACAGCGCCGUUAUUAAUGUGAAAAUUAAAAAUCCUUGACCACACCAGCUGAUACUGACCCGGCCUUGCUCUUGGCUUCUAUGCACUUAUGCACCACAUUUAACACGGAAAGAUAGACAUCCUUAACUAAGAACUGAGGUAAUAUUUAUCAGAAACAAAGAUUGGUGCAUGUUUUUUCCCCCACUCCACAAUUACACAUCUCAAGCAACCCAUAUAUCUUACUAGCUUUUUCCUGACCAGUUAUUGUUUCCAUAUUCCUUUGGUUGAAUACAUUAGAGGAAGGGGAGACACUUUUUUCUAAAUUCAAGGACUUGUACCAGUUCACUCUUCCCCUCCCAAUUUGGAAAGUCCCUAAUCUUUCCUUCAAUUAGAAAUCGGCUUACCUAACUUUAUAUUCUCAUUGUUCUCUUUUAGCCUUACUUGAUAAAUUGGUUUUUAAUGCACAUGUCUCCUUCAGGGUCCAGUGCCAAAGCUGAGGAGGCCCGGGCCUUGUUUGUUAAGCAAUUGUCAUAUAUUGCUUAAUAAAUCAAUAUGCUAAAAAGCUUCAAUCUUUGUUUUUAUCAGUUAUUUUAUCCUUUACCCACCAUAGUAUAUAAUUUUAUAAUGGCUCUAAUACAAUUGAAACAUUGCUACUAUUGCCUUGGCACAAUGCCUCACAUUUUUUAACUGCAACAGCUACUUACUAUGUAUUACUACAGAUAAGUAACACUUCAAGUCAGGCUUUGUGAGCUGAGCAGCUUUGGGGAUCUGAUGUAUAAGUAACUUCAGAUAAAGCAGCUGUAAAAUGCUUCUUGUUCCAAGCACUGUAUAAACACUAGGAAUUUUAAAAAUUAACCAUAUGUGGUAAUAGUAUCUGACCUAUUAGUCAAUGUAGCUUUCAACCAGUAGACACACUUAUUCCAGUUUCCCUACAGAAUUUGAGAAUAAGUCAUCCCUUUAACUUUGUGUAACUGGAAGCACUUUGAAAGCCAAGGAAGUCAUAUAUUCAGUGCCAAAUAGUUUUAUUUGCCUUAAUGUGCAAGAAGCAGGACCUUGUUCAGUUAUGUCAGAGAAGGCAAGGGGAGGUACAUUUAGGCUCAAAAUUUAAAAAUAAAAUCUAACAAUGAACUGGGCUACCUUGAUUUAUUGAGCUAAGUACUUGUGUAUCAAUUGAAUGACGAGGUGAAGGUGCAUGUAGGAGAAGAUUCUGGUAUUGGGCUGGAGUACUAAAUGACCUUUCAUACCUUUCUCUUCAUACUUCAAGAUUCUAUAAAAAAUAAAUCAGGUGGUAGGCUCAGAAACACUUAAUAGUUUUGCCUUAAGAAUAUGUCAUAUUGGUCUACCCAACUUACUAUUUCUUUUUUUUUCCCUUGUACCUUCCAGCUUUGUUUUUAUGACUCUAUGGUAUAGGAGGAUCAUAAUGGUUUUUUUGCACAUCUCAUUUAAACCAGGAGAGAGUAAGUAUCACAGAAGACGAGGAGAAAAACUAGUAUUCUGGAGGAAGCAAUGACCAAUAGUCUAAAAACCUGGGAGAAUGAGGCAAAAAAAAAAAAAAUAUUGGAUUUAACUGAUAAAAUAUCAUUAGUCAAUUCUGAAAAAAGUUUUGGUAAGGUAGUAGAAGUAUAAGCCAUAUUGAAAUUGUUAAAAAGUCAAAGUUCACAGAGAAGUAGAUGCCAUGAGAGUUGAUAACUCAAGGAAUCUUGGCAAGAAAUGAAAAGAAAGAAGGCUUUGGGGAAGGGAUGAGACUGAAUAUGCGGGAGAAUAAGGGAAUGGUGACUAGGAUAAACACCAAGAAAUGAUUACAGAGAAUUGGUCAAUUGUAAGCAUAGGAGUUGAUCUUGACAAGGAGAAAGGGCAUUUCUUGCUCAGAAAAUGAUCAAAGGAGAAGAGAAGAGAUAAAGAUGUUAAAAAUUUUUGAGGUAUGGAGUAGAGAGAAUAAGUAAAUUCAUAACAGCAAAACAUCACUUUACAAUUUUGUGAAU